UAUUGUUUUUAUUCUAUUAGUGAACUAUGUUUUUAAGAACCACCUCAACUGAAUCGAUUUGUGAGCUGCUCAAUUGAGUCACUAAGACGAUCCGAAUCUAUGGAACGAUUCUUUCACGAAUCGGGCAUCGCAGAUACCCUCCGCGACUCCUCCCGCCAGAGCUCCAGCUUCCCGACUCCUGAAGAGACCGCACCGGCCGCCCGUCAUCCGCUGUCAACCGGAGCAUCUCUCUCACAUCCAAACACACACACUCACACACAACUAAACAGAACAGUCAUUUCACUUAUCGUUAAAGUGGUACACAAGACCACAACCCUGCUUUCCCGUCACACCGACUCAUACUGUAAAACUUUAAACGCCGUCGUUAUGGCUCUCUGAAAGAUUCCCGCUUCACUCAUAACUGCAGACUGACAACACAAGAACAUUUCCGCCUGAAAUCUCCAUCGAAACAUUUCUCGGGGAUGUGAGACUUUCCACGUCGGGGAUGUUGUUUUCCAUCUUAAUCGAUACCUGAGACCAAGGGGUCAGGAGUUAAGCAUUAUUAUUAUUAUUAUCAUCUGCUGUGGAUCUCAUCGCCUUUGAAGAACAGAUCAAACUUUUAUCACGGAUUAUUAAGGAUGAGACGCUUAUUUUGAUGAUCACAGUGGGAUAAUAAAGUACAGCGCGCAUCAUCACCGCACCUUCAGGAUGUUCCGGCGAGGCUGUGGUCUGGAGUUUCUCCUGGUGUUGUGUGGUUUAGAGUUGACCCAGGCCUGUCCGCGUCACUGCAUCUGCUACGACUCUCCCAGCACCGUCAGCUGCCAGGCUCACAACUUUCAGGUGGUUCCUGAGGGAAUUCCGGCCCAGAGCGAGCGCGUCUUUCUGCAGAACAACAAGAUCCAGCGGCUGCUGCAGGGCCACUUCAGCCCGACCACAGUCAUGCUCUGGCUCUACUCCAACAACAUCUCUUACAUCCAGCCCUCCACCUUCAUGGGCUUCACCCGCCUGGAGGAGCUGGAUCUGGGGGACAACAAACACCUGCGCUCUCUGGCUUCAGACACUUUCCAGGGCCUGACGAGACUGCAUGCUCUGCACCUCUACCACUGUGGCCUGAUCACUCUACCCGCUGGCUUGUUUGAGGGCUUGCACAACCUGCAGUACCUCUACUUACAGAGCAACCAGCUGGAGUUUCUCGAGGAUGACAUGUUCAUUGAUCUACUGAAUCUGAGCCAUCUAUUUCUUCAUGGAAAUCGGCUGUGGAGCCUCCACCAGAACACUUUCCGUGGCCUGGGAGCACUGGAUCGCUUGCUUCUCCAUCAAAACCGGCUCCAGUGGGUCCAUAAGCAGGCUUUCCAUGACCUGCGGCGCCUGACCACCCUCUACCUGUUCAACAACUCACUGCCGGAGCUGCCGGCGGAGAGUCUAUCGCAACUGCCUGCGCUCGAGUACCUGCGCCUCAACGACAACCCAUGGGAGUGCGACUGCAAGGCUGUGCCGCUCUGGGAUUGGCUGCGGCGCUUCCGUGGCUCCACCUCCGCAUUAAUAUGCACAGCUCCACCUGAGCUGGUGGGGAAGGAUCUGAAACAGCUGACAAAAGAACAGCUGCCAUCCUGUACGGGAUCCGAGUCGCUCCACCAGAGCAAAUCCAGCAAUCAGGGGGAUGUGGGGGUUUCGCUGAAGAAAGAUCAUCACCAUCGAUCGCACAACCGCCAUCAUCAUCAUCCUCAUCUGCCACAUCAGGAUCAAUACUACCCAACAUCCCCAUCACCGAUCCCUCGACCGCCCAAGUCGGGACGCAACAGAAACUGCACGAGGCAUCGUGGUCGCAAGGGUAACGGUCAAAACGAGGUGUAUAACCUAAAGGACUUGGGCAACAAGGAAUCAGAUGAUAAAUACGACCCCACAAAACCAAGACGAAAGAACAAGUGCAUCCCACGGACUUCAGUAGGGCCCCCUAGUGGCGUGCAGAGGGCGAACAGCAGGGCCACUUCCCUCUUGGCUCCUGGUUUCAUCAUCCCUCUUUGCUUAUUGGUGUGUCUCACUGCCCUGAUUUUCCGCUGAUCCUGUGGAAGAGCCUCUACAAAUGGUUUUUAUGGAAGAAAAAAUAAAACUAAACUCAGCCCUCUGUCUACUCUGGCUCCUACACUUCAGUGUGUGAAUGUGUGUGUGCGUGUGUGUGUGUGUAUUUCGACGAGCCCCUUUUGAGGGACAGAGGACUUGCAGGUCUGGAGACAAGAAGAAAUCUCGGGUUUUGUGAGCGAGAGAUCCUUGAUUAGCACUGUUUUCUGUUGCUCCAGGGCACGUUGAAUAACAAAAAUAACCCAUUAGCAUUUGCUACAUGUAACAAAAUAAUUAGCAACCCAUCGUGGUCAAGCUUGCCGCCAUGAAAAGACCUCUGUUCUGAUCUUCAACCUGAACACUGGCUGCUUUCUGGCGGGAGGGGAGGGGGGGAAGAUUGUGAGGAAAAUACAUAAACUAAGCAUUUACUGUACACAGGUCUGCUACGCUAACAUUUUAGCAUCUCAGCAGUUUCUGUGAGUUGUUGUUGUUGUUAACACAUUUAGCACCUGACAAUGUGAAAGCAAAAGCACACAAGAGAAAGAUUGUGUUUUUUUUUUUUAAAUAUAAGAAUUAUUUGCAAUAUUCGCACAUUAAAGCUAGUUCACACAGCCCCUACAAAGCUAACAAGGUUAGCAUGCUACUCCUACAAAACCAAAACAUGCUGUGAAUUAGCGCUCUGUUCUGAAGCUGCUAUUUCAACUUUAAGGUCAGUGAGAGAAAAAGUGUGCGAGUUUGUGAAGGAAUUUAGGAUGGCUCUGGGUUUAUGUGUUGCUGUUAUUCGUUGAUUGUGCCCUUAAGAAAGUAUUUUGCAUAAAAACCGGAAGGCAGCCGUUAUUAUACGCGAAAAGGUCAAGUGGAGCUUGUGCUUUAUCUGUUAUUCAGCUGCAAUAAUGUGCUAACAUUGAAGGGGAAAAAACAACAGCAUAUUUAUAUAUCAGCACAUGGCACAGUUUGGGGAAAUGAAACGUCUCACAAAGCUGUCACCAUCCCUCAAGGCUGGUUCCCUGAGGAAGUUCCUAUGGGUUUUUAGAAUAGCAUUUUUUUAUGUAAAGUGCUGCUCUGGAGGAGGACAAACAUCUCAAAAGCUUAGGCUUUCUUGACAUUAUAAAUAGCACAAAUCAGGAAAAGAGCAGAUGCUGUGCUAGAACCUACAUAAAUUACAAGCUUUCAAACUACACAUCAUCCAUCAUCAGCUGCAAAAUCUUUUUUUUUUCAGUUCAGCAGUGGACUAUACUAGGAAAUCCUCAGAAAAUAUGUGGUAAAAUAUAAACAAAAAAUGUUUAAAGAAUAUAAACAAACCAAUAUAUAAUGUAUAUUAACAAAUAAAGGACAAAAUACUGGUUUGGUACAACUUAAAGCUAAUGACACAAAAGUCAGUUUAAGCAGUGAUACUUUGUUCUCCUUUCUCUUCUACACUCUCAGAAAUAAAGGUACAGGAGCUGUCACUGGGGCAGUACCUUUUCAAAAGGUACAAAUUUGUACCUGACAGGUUCAUAAUGGUACCUAAAAGUACUUUUUAGGUACAUUUGGGUACUAAUAUGCCCUUUUGAGGUACCAAUGUGGAUUCUUUGCAUACAAAUAUGUAUUUUUUGAAAAGAUAAUGCCCCAGUUACAGCUCGUGUACCUUUAUUUCUGAGAGUGUAAGAAGUAAAAAAGAAAGGAAUGGGCUACAUAAUGUGGCUCUGAAGUGUAAAAAAAAAAAAAAAAAAAAAAAAAAAAAAACGGGAAAAAAACAUACCAAGUCCAUUUUUUUUACGACAGAUGAAAUUUUUGGAGGCAGUGUCAGUGUCAGUGCAAUUCAAACAAUGUUAGGUCGAAUAAAUUUUUUUACAUGUGAAAAUCACGGACAAAAACUUUGGAUUUUUUCAAUUUUGAAAAAGACCAUAAUGUCAAUUUUAAUAGUGUUUCAAAGAUCAGUCUUAUUCUGGGCUUGGAAUGAGGAUGUAUGAAGCCCCUUAUGUUAGACUAAAUUUUACCUUUGACGGUUUUUCAAAUAUACCUUUUUUCAUAUCAACUACUGCAAUGAAAAAAAAAAAGUUGACAACUUAAAAUUAAGGCUACAAGCUUCUGGUCAUUUUUGAGUUUACUCAACUUAAAUAGAGUCAGGUGAAGUAAUAGGGUUAAAAGUUGAGCCAACUGAAGCCAUUAAGGUUGUUGCCUUAAAUUUUGAGUUGAGUCAAUGUUAUUGUUUUUUUUACAGUGUGUGGCUUUAAAAUUGUCACAUACAAGACAAGUGACUGUCUGUAUCAAAUUUUACAUUUUUUUGUACAUAGAUUGCAUAUUAAAAUGCAAUUAAAGUGGCUAAUUCUUUAUUAAUAUUUGUAAAUAAAAGUAAUUAGAAUAGCAGAUUUGCUCAAAAAAACAAUUACAACGGGUCAAAUGUAGUGGUUUGAAGAAUAGUGAAAUUGCAUUAUUUUUAGGACUGGACUGUGAUCCUAAAUUUGAGCCUUUUAACAUCUUCAAAUGAUGUCUUGUUCGUAAUAUGACAAGAUUUAUUUAGUAUAUAGUAUAAAUUACUGCUAUGACAGUUUAGUGAGUGUUUUCUUUAAAACAUGGUAAAACGAAAUGUAUGACAGUCAUUAUUUUUGCCAAGAAAAUAACAUAUAAAUGGCACAAAUUGUAAUGUAUGG